CCUCCAGCAGCGCCUCCACAAGCUGCCCCAUUUCUACACAUCCUCCAUCCCAGACUCUCUCUCUCCUCUCUCUCUCUCCUGCUCCAAAUUCGUGCAGCAACGUAUCACAAGUUCAGCAUAUCUCCUCAUCAGACCAAGGAAAGGAGGCUUGGAUCAACUCUCCAAAUGUGAGGGGAUUUGGGAGUUUGUCCUCCAGAGUCCUCUCUAUUUAAUCAAGGGUUUACCCCCUUUUCUUCUUCUGAUUUUUUUUUGUAGAUUAGCAUGUAAAUAUUUCAGCACAUAUUAAAUAGUCUUUAGAUGAUGCAACAAAUUAUUCAAUACAUAUUAACUAGUCUUUAGAUGAUGCAGUACAUUUUAUUUUUCUAUGCCAACUUGCCUUAUUAAUUUUACUUGUACCAUGCUAGUAAGUAUAAUUUGCAACUCCAUGUACACUGCACUUGUUUGCCAGACUUUCUCCAAUUUUUUCAUUAUGCAAUUUUAAGUUAGAUUUAUAGGGAUGAGGUUACCAAGAUAGAAUAUUAGAUGGAACAAGAACUUCAGUAGAAUAAUAAAAAUUCAAAAUUAGUUUUGUGUUCUUAUACCCCUACACAUGUUACUCAAUAUUUGAAGUAAUGGAACUUACGGACUAUGAGCGCAAGCAGAAUGAGAACAUAAAGAACAAUGAAGCAAUGGUGCAGUCACUACACUUGCGUAAAUUAGUAGAAUCCCUUAGCAAGACCACCAAGAGGAAGAGUGCCAAUAAACACACAAGAUGUCAUAAGAACAUGAGCAAAAAUGUUGAAGAUGAGGGAUCUGAUUCUGAAUACGAUCCAUGUCUUGAGAAGUGUACUCAAUCUGAUGAAGACAAUCCAGAGCUUGAGAAGGAUGGAAUAGGACAGGAUGCUCUGGAAGAAGAGAUAUGCACAUCUACUAGACCACAUGUUAAGGUGCUAAUCUUUUCAUAAAAUAAGAUAGAUAAGCUCAAGGAAAUCAAUUUCUUUUGUGUCUGUUACUAAAACUAAUCAAAAUUUCAUUUCUUUCCAUUUGGAUUGUUGGCACCAUAGCAGUAGUGAUUUUGUUUUGCAUAAGGUACUAUUAUGUAUAAUAGUUUUGUUUCCUUGAUCUACCGGGCUUCUUUGAUGGCUCCUGGAGGUAAACAUCAUUCAAAAUACCAAAGAAUCACUACUAAUGAUGUACAAUCCAGUACUCCAAUGUGCACAAGAUCACUAUUAUCUGGACUGAAUAGCCCACCUGUUGAUGGAAUAAAUAUGCCAAUUUCUUUGAACACUUCAGUAGGAGGCCAAAGCCAACUAGGCAACAAUCUUAAUGAGGAUUACUCAACUUUUAACACUAACAAUCAUACAAUUGAUGGUGACGCAUGUGAGGACCAACAUGCACAAGUUCACUCCAAUUCUAGCCUUGUUGUAUCUAUUGGAGGUGCACCUACUCCCAAGAGACGUGAUGUGCGUAAGAGGACUAUGGAUCAUGGUCUUGACAAGAUAAAUGAACGACACGGUUCCAGAUUGGCCAUUUUUGUACCUGAAGGGAAGAUACGCCCUGAACAUCCGGUACAGGCUGCAAAACUAGCAUCUGAAUGUGGUGUUGCCCUUAGAGAUCAUCUUCCUAUAUAUCCACACUGGAAGAACUACAAGAAAGUCUAUAAAAAUGAUAAUAAUGAAGGAGCCACAGUUGAAAACAUUGAUCAUAUUUCAAAAGUACUAGGUGUAGUAGCUACCAGGCUAGCUGUUGAUGUUAACCAUGACGGACCAAGCAAAAAAACAUGUGAAGAUAUAGUUAAGAAGGGUGUAAGGCAACAACGUUACCAUCUGAAAAAGAAUUACUUUAAUGGAUUGUCAUAUGAACAAAUCCAGUUAAGAGGUCCACCACCAAAUGUAAAUGCUGCCGACUGGGAAAAACUUCUUAAGAAGUGGAAUGAUCCAAAGCACAAGGAAACCUGUGACAAGAAUAAGGAAAAUCGAGGCCAAGUCAAGCUUCACCAAAGGACAUGAUCUCGUUCCUACACUGCACAUCGCUUUUCUCUUAGGUCAAAGUUUCAAAAUAGAGAUCCAGAUGCUAUUGAAUUCUUUGGGGAAUGUAUGACUAGCUCAAAGAAGGGUUGUACUGAAUUUGCAAAGGAAGUUAUUGACAAGAUGGAACUAGAAAGACAGCGUGAACCUGACGAAGGUGAAGAACCAAAGUCUCCAACCCAAAUUGCUACUGAAACUCUUGGCCAAGUGAGCAGCAACACCGAAUUCAUUUCAAAGAUGGGCAUUACUUUACCAUCCAAGAAGGCAAAAACAGUUUUUUCAACUUCCCAAAUUGAUAAGAUGAUGCAAGCUGAGAGAGAAGUUGCUGCUAGGGUACAAGGGGAAUUCCUUCAUCGAAUUGCAUCUCAGGAGGAAGCACUUAACUCUAGCAAAACAGAACUUGAUUCUACAAAGGAAGAACUUCAGUCUACAAAAGACGAGGUGAGGCAAAUGAGAUUGAGGCAAGCAGAAACUGAGUUGAUACUGCGUCGUUUGUUGGAAGAGCGAGAAACACAAUCCAAUGCUUAGGGUGGAAGGGCUACAAGAACUCCAUGAUAUUGUCUUUGCUUGUGAAGGUUAUUUUGCAACUAUGGUGGCUGUCUAUUAAGAAGUAUGUUGUUAGCUGUUGUAUUUUGUGAAUGUUAGGACUUAGUGAAAUUGUUACAUGGGGAAAGAUAUUUUGGGUAUACAGGACAUGACUUUUAGAUAGUAUGUCCAGAUCAUUUUGUGAAUGUUAGGACAUAGUGAAAUGCUUGAAAAUAUGAUGUGGUCUAUGAUGUAUGCUAGUUUGCACCUAUGUUGUGCAAGACUUCUAUGAACUUGGCAUGUAUUUUGGAACCUACCUAGCAGAGUUGAAUGAUAUGGUUUAAUGCUUUAGUAUGUUCAUGAUGUGUUUCUAUUGUUUAUGUACAAUAAUAUAUCAAAUAAGUGACGAGG